UUUGUGCCACACAAACUGCGGGUAAUAAUCACUUGAAUCAAAACGAUGAACAGCUGAGAGAUCUCAUUUCACCUUUCGAAUUUCCCAUCAAUAAACAAAUCUCCGGAUUAAUUAAGCGUUAAUUCUAGGGUUUUGCUCGCGAUCCGUGUCUUAGGAUUUUUGAAAAUGGUGCCCAAAGGGAGAUUACCCGUUCGGGGUCCUUCGCGGAGAUCUUCAUCAUCAACGCUCAUCUUUUCAAUACUAAUUAUCUGUUUGUUCUUCGUAUUGAUCCUUCUUGCUCUUGGAAUUCUAUCGAUUCCAAGAACAUCAAACACUUUCCCGGGUGCUCAUGAUCUCAGCUCCAUCGUUCAACGGACUACCGACGCUGUCAGAAGCGAUCGCAGCCAUAACGAUCGUUGGACUGAAGUGAUAUCAUGGGAGCCUAGAGCUGUCAUCUAUCAUAAUUUCCUGUCAGAAGACGAGUGUGAACAUCUGAUUACACUUGCUAAACCUCAUAUGGAAAAGUCAACUGUGGUCGAUAGUGUGACUGGUAAAAACAAAGAUAGUAGAGUCCGUACAAGUUCCGGGACAUUUCUAGCGAGAGGACAAGAUAAAACAGUUGAAUCCAUUGAGAAAAGGAUUGCAGACUUCACCUUCUUACCUGUAGAACAUGGUGAAGGAUUUCAAGUUCUCCACUAUGAAGUAGGUCAAAAAUAUGAACCACAUUAUGAUUACUUUCGUGAUGAAUAUAACAUCAAGAAUGGGGGUCAAAGGAUGGCUACAGUUCUCAUGUACCUAUCAGAUGUUGAAGAAGGAGGCGAAACAGUGUUCCCACAAGCAAAGGGAAACAUUAGUGCUGUACCUUGGUGGAAUGAACUAUCUGAUUGUGCGAAAAAAGGGUUAUCUGUUAAACCAAAAAAGGGGGAUGCUUUACUUUUCUGGAGUAUGACACCGGAUGCCACAAUAGAUCCUUCAAGUUUGCAUGGUGGUUGCCCCGUUAUUAAGGGGAACAAAUGGUCCUCUACAAAAUGGAUCCGGGUCAACCCGUAUUACACUUAAUUUUGGCUCCAAAGUAAUGAAGCUCCUAAUAACAAAUUGCAAAAUGUCACCAUGAUCAAAGUAAGCCAGUUCCACCUGCAAUUUGGAAGUUAUUAUGAUUCAUGAGCAUGACUGGUUUUCUACCAUAUUAGACAAAAAAAAAAAAAAGGACCGGGUAAAUGAAAAUCUUUAUUACCUCUGUGUCAAACCUUAGUUUACAUUUAAAUAAUUUCCCAUUGUUUGUUUUGACUAUGAUAUUUUGGCCGGGUGUAAUCUUGCUGAUGUCAUUCGGGAGGUCAAUGGUGUAGCGCUCAUGUCCGGUCAACUCUAGAGUCUCUGCAUCCUCGCCAGGCUGGAAACAAAGUGGAAUUAUUCCCAUGCCAGCUAGAUUACUGCGAUGAAUCCUUUCAAAGCUUUUAGCUAUUACUGCUUUAACACCCUGUUUAGAUAUAAAUUAUUAUAUAAAUAAACAUGUUAUAGUUGUCAAAAAGUCAAAGUCAAAGUCAAAGUCAAGUUUACCAUCAA